UUCUUUAUAAUUAUGGCAUAUCCAAUGUAUGAAGUGGAUUGGAGUGUUUUGCCUCCAGAACAGAAUAGAAGGUUCAACCCAGCGUUUAAUAUUGCCACAAUAAAACAGGUUGUAAAUGAGGCCAUCGAAAGAGUGCGGAUGCCCACGCCUACCCGUCUCCGGGAUCUCAUUAGACAGAUCAGGGCAGCUAGGACCGCUGCUGAAGAACGAAGUGUUGUCAACAAAGAGUGUGCCUACAUACGGUCCACGUUCAGAGAAGAAGACAGCGUUUGGAGAUGUCGCAACAUUGCAAAACUGCUUUACAUCCACAUGCUGGGCUACCCGGCCCAUUUCGGGCAGCUGGAGUGUCUCAAGUUGAUCGCGAGUCCAAGAUUCACGGACAAACGGGUCGGGUACUUGGGCGCCAUGUUGCUACUCGAUGAACGUCAGGAUGUUCACCUUCUCAUCACGAAUUGUCUGAAAAAUGACCUCAACAGCAACACGCAAUUCGUAGUCGGACUAGCAUUAUGCACUCUAGGAGCAAUUGCGUCCCCUGAAAUGGCGCGAGAUUUAGCCUCAGAAGUGGAGCGUCUAAUUAAAUCACCAAACGCAUAUAUCAAGAAGAAAGCGGCCUUGUGCGCGUUCCGAAUCAUAAGAAGAGUACCCGAUCUUAUGGAAAUGUUUCUACCAGCCACGAGAAGCUUAUUGACGGAGAAAAAUCAUGGUGUCCUUAUCACGGGCGUGACACUCAUCACCGAGAUGUGUGAAAACAGUCCCGACACACUCAAUCACUUCAAGAAGAUCGUUCCGAAUUUGGUGAGAAUAUUGAAAAACCUUAUACUGGCUGGAUAUUCGCCAGAGCAUGACGUCAGCGGUGUAUCCGAUCCUUUCCUACAGGUGAAAAUCCUUCGUCUCCUGAGAAUACUAGGCAAGAAUGAUGCGGAAGCAUCAGAAGCUAUGAACGACAUUCUCGCUCAAGUCGCUACCAACACGGAGACGAGUAAAAACGUUGGCAACACAAUAUUGUACGAAACUGUACUCUCCAUCAUGGACAUUAAGUCUGAAAGUAGUUUGCGGGUGUUGGCCAUUAAUAUUCUCGGCCGAUUUCUGCUAAACAAUGAUAAAAAUAUAAGAUACGUGGCACUGAAUACUCUACUACGGACGGUGCACGUGGACACAUCGGCCGUACAGAGGCAUAGGACCACUAUAUUGGAAUGUCUCAAGGACCCGGACGUGUCGAUCCGGCGGCGAGCCAUGGAGCUGUCGUUCGCGCUGGUGAACGGUCAGAACAUCCGCAGCAUGAUGAAGGAACUGCUCACAUUCUUGGAGCGGUCGGACGCGGAGUUCAAAGCGCACUGUUCCAGCGCCAUGGUCCUCGCUGCAGAGAGAUACGCUCCGUCCAACAAGUGGCAUCUAGACACGCUAUUCCGGGUAUUCCUGAAGGCGGGCAACUAUCUCCGAGACGAUACGGUGUCGUCCACCAUCCAAAUAGUAUCGUCAGCACCGAUGGAACGGCAGGCGUACGCUAGCAUGCGCCUAUGGACCGCGCUCGAACGGUCUGCAGUCUCCGGAGACGCCACUGAGAAACAACCACUCGUGCAGGUUGCCGCAUGGACGAUUGGAGAGUAUGGAGAUUUACUGGUAUCAGAGGCCAGUAAUGCCAUAUCAAUGGUCGACGAAGAUGGCGUCGAUGACUUCACUCGUCCAUCUGAGGAGUAUGUGAUUGACAUAUACCAGAAGUUGCUUUGGUCUACCCAACUAUCCAUCACCACCAAGGAGUACUUGCUGCUGUCACUCGCCAAGCUCUCCACCAGAUUCACCACGCAACCCAGUCAAGACAAAAUUCGCGUAAUCAUAGAUACAUUUGGAUCUCAUAUCCACAUAGAAUUACAACAGCGAGGAGUAGAGCUUUCACAAUUGUACAGGCAGCACGCACACCUGCGACCCGCGCUGCUGGAGCGAAUGCCAGCAUUGGAAGCACCGGGCCCCACGGGACGAGAAGACGACUCCGAACCCGGACAUAUCAGCCCCACCAGUCUCCCCGGCAGCCCCACGCGCCCCGUGCCUGAUCAGGAUGCGCUGUUAGAUCUUAUCAUAGGCUCCGAGUCUUUGACGAACGGCGACGUGGAGCACACGCCCGCGCAAGCGGCGCCCACAAACAACAACACCAGCAGCAACGACAUCCUGGACUUACUAAGCGGUUUAGACCUGUCAUCGCCUGCGCCUGCGCCUGCGCCUGCAGUCAGCAUCGCCAACAAUAACGCGCCACCGCCCGCCGCCAGUCUGCUUCUCGACGGACUCUUCUCAGCGCACCAACCAGAGCAGAUACCACAAGAUCUCCCGUCGGUGCUGGCACUGGACAAGAACGGUCUCCGCAUCUCGCUGGGAGUACAGCGGGCGGCCGGCGGCGACGCAGCGUUAACGAUGCGUGCCGCCAACAGCACCGGCUCCACGCUCACAGACUUCCUCUUCCAGGCUGCAGUGCCUAGGACUUUCCGAUUAGACAUGAUGUCACCGUCAGCUACCGUGCUACCACCGCAGGGCGAAAUCACACAAGUGUUGAAAAUCAACAAUCCCACAAGAUCGGCUCUCCGAUUAAGGAUACGCGUGUCGUACAACGUGGAUGGGAACCCAGUACUGGAGCAGGCGGAGGUGAACAACUUCCCGGCGGAUCUGUUCAACUGACGAGUGGCCAACCCGCCCGGCUACUGUCUGUAGCCACGUGACCAACGCGGCCAACAGUGACCCUACCAGCGGCUAGUACACGCCAAUAGCUACCUUUACACGUACACUCUUACACGCGGGAAUGAAUAAACAUGGAAAUGUGCCGCGUACUGCGAUCUUGCGUGCUUAAGCGCCUUUUUGUAAAAAAUUAUUCUCAUUGCAAAAAUA